AUGGCCGACAAGUUCCACCCUGUGCUACCUGAUCCAGCGAUCCCCGGCUCACUUCCGCCCCAAGGGAUAGCUGUCGCGCCACCGCCAUGGCCGCUGAAGGCGAAACACUACGCCUUUCUAUUCCGCGCCGCGUCUGAAGACCCAGGAGCUGGUUACCGCGUGGAGGAAAACGCAAAUAACGUCGAGGAUGUGCUGCAGGGACUUCCUGCUGGCGCGUAUCAUCCUAUGGAGGUUGUACAUCCGGAUGCGUUGAAGCCUUUGGAUGGGAAGCCGCAGCGCGGCGGAGGGUUGCACACCAUCGUGCUCGUCCGCUAUGACGAUACGCCCGUGGGACCUUACGACGAGCUUAUUCUGAUCCCGGGUGCCUUCACCAACCCCCACACCGGAAAAAAGGAUCUCAGGAUCACGAACAUCUACGUCUCGACGGAUAAGAGCGCUUUCAACGGCAGAAGGAACUGGAACAUUGGCAAACACAUCGCGCGCUUUGAGUUCACCUCACGCCCGGGACACCCGCGCGACGAAGUCGUGAAGGUGUUUCAUCCAGAUGAUUCGCCCCUUGCAUCACCUCUAGCGCCUGCGCCAUUCUUCACCGCCGUGCUCACGAAUUCACGAAUUCCCGCGCUCCCCGCACCCUUCAACAUAGCUCCGUUCUCGAUCGUGCAACCGCCACUCCUCCCGCCUCGUUACGAUGAGGGCGUCAUGCCCUCCAUCAUCGGCACGGACGAUAGUGUGAACGGGAGAUAUAACCCAUGGCUGUGCAUCUCGCCGGUGUACAAGGGCCGCUGGCAGCUUGCGUAUAUCUCCGCCCUGCCCGAGGACGAGGGUGGGCUGCCGGGCCUGGGCGAUGGCGUGGGAUUCCCUGUGGUCAAGCCCAUCAGUGCGGGUGCUCUGUUCACGGGGCACAUCGACUUUCCUGCGAGCACUAUCGUUGGCGGACUAUGA